AUGACCGACGAAAAUGGCGUCCCAGAAAACUCCGAGGACGAAUCGGCUGCUUACGCGGAAAACGGGUCGUUGCCAGUCGGAACCUCGGAGUUGGAGCAGGAAAUCAAAGAGCUCGAAAGAUUGUUGCGCAUCGAACGCGAAGAGCGACGGAGAAUUCAGACUGAAGCACAG